AUGUAUUCUGAGCACUCUGAGUCCUCCGACGAGGACACUUUACCCAUGCGGGAAAUCCUCAUGCCACAUGAGGUGUCUGAAACCAGCGAGUGGGCUAGCACUCAAAUAGCGCUAGAAGCGGCUCUAUUCGCCCUUGACCUGCAAGGUUCGAUUAUGCACGAAAGGCGUGGGAAAUUCGCGGCACCAGAUAACGAUUUAAGUCACCUGACAGCGUUAUUUAACGAUGACUUCCCAGCAUGUGUUACUGCAGGCCAGGCGAUCGCACUAUGGAAACGACGGAUAUUCGACACUGUAGUCAAACUAGAAUCAGCGGCUAUUAGCGCCAAACGGAUUAUAAUUUGGGAUUGUUUCCCCAAGUUCAAUUCUCCGGUUCAGACAACCGAAACCCUUUUGAGAAGCCUUACAGCUCCAUCCCUACCCCAAACGAAUCGGAGCGUCGUGGCUGAUGUCCAAAUCUAA